AUGGCAGUCUCCAAGCUCGCCGCCGUGUCUCUACUGCUGCUUUCGGCCUCGCUCGCGGCCGUGCUGCUCCUCCGCCCCUCCGGCGCAGACGACGGCGGCGCCCCGUGGGGCGCGGGCAGCGGCGGCAUCCUCACCGCCCUGCCGUUCAGCCCCGCGGACGUCCUGCCCCUCCUGCCGAGGCGCGUCGCGAUGGCGGCCCUCCGUGCGCUCCGCGGCGCGUCGGACAUCUUCCCGGUGUUCGUGGGCGCGGCGACGGCCGGGCCGGCGCAGGCGGGCACCGCGCCGGUGGGCUGGAAAGGAGCCUGCUUCUACGAGAACGAGGCCUGGCUGUCCUUCCACAACGACUCCGGCUCCAAGUACGGCGGCGGCACGGUCCACCUCAAGGUACGGCACGGUGCUUCCCGCAAAGUCCGCCGUAGAGCACGGUCGCCACGAACUGCCGCAGAGCUUGCUUCCGGAUAG